AUGGGGCGGCUCCGAUCAGACUGCCACCCUCUUCAGCCGCCGACAGCUUGCUUAUCUCGGACGGCGUCCAGCCCCAGCCCCUCCAGCGACACCAAUCUCAGCGUCGCCGCACCACCGUGGGCCGCCGCCGCCGCCGGAUCUCGCGCGCCGCCGUUGAAAAACCCCAUCUUCCUCACCACCACCGCGGCGGCGGAUGCAGCUGCACCUGAUAUAAAUAAUAAUAAUUACUGCCACCCGCCAAAUCUGGAGCUCCAGCUGCUGACAAAAGCCAGCAGCAGCAGCGCCGCCGCCGCAGUCUCCGGCAACAACUCGACGAAGCCGGCCGACAGGGACCAGCAGCACUCAACCCAGCUCCAGCUCUCCAUCGGGUCGUCGGAGAUAGGCUGCUCGCCGCGCGGCAGUAGCACCACCACCGGCGGGACGGCGGCGGUGAAGGAGCAGGCGGAGGAGCAGCUGAGGGUGGCCAUCGCGGAGAAAGCGUACGCGGAGGAGGCGCGGCAGCAGGCGAGGCGGCAGAUGGAGCUGGCGGAGCAGGAGUUCGCGAAGGCGAAGAGAAUCCGGCAGCAAGCGCAGGCGGAGCUUGAAAAAGCGCAGGCGCUGAAAGAGCAGGCGGCGAAGCAGAUGAGCUCCGCCGUUCUGCAGAUCACGUGCCAUAACUGCCGGAGCAAAUUCCACCACCACCAAGAAGCUUCUUCCUCCUCCUCCCCACGUGAUCACAACUCCAAUAACAUGGCACUCAGUUACAUUUCUGCUGCGCUGAGGGAAUGGGAAUUCAGAAAAAGUAACGAUCAAAAGUAG